AUGCGCAGCCUGGCCAGUACUGGCGGGGGGUGGGCACGGGCGCGCGCCGCCCUGGCCGACGGACGGAGGCACCGCGCCGUUGCGGAACCCCGCGGGCGAGGCCCCGCGCCGCCGCGGACGGUACCCGGGGCGGGCGCGCAGCGGCACGCCCGCCGCGCCGAGAGGGCGCUGCGGCGGGCGCAGGCGGCGGCGCUGGAGCGGCCACCGCUCCGGUUCGCCGUGGGCGCUCGCGUCGAAUGCAACUGCGGAGACUGGCUCCUCGGCGUGGUGGUGAGGCACUGGUACACGGAGCCUGGCUGGCCAGAGGAUGAAGUCACGCCGUAUCAGGUCAAGCUGGACAACGGCAGCACCAUCUACGCGCCAGCCGAUGAGGACGACUGCAUCCGGGCCGCCCAGGGCAUCAACGCGUAUGGCAAGAUUCCAGUGACAGUGCUCACCGGCUUCCUCGGUGCUGGUAAGACUACCUUGCUCAAUUAUAUCUUGGACAACCAGGUAGGUAAAAGAUACGCAGUAAUCGAGAACGAAUUCGGAGAGGUUCCCAUCGAUGAGAUGUUGCUGGACCAAGACGUGGGCAAGAAGGAAACCGUGGAGUCCAUUACUGUCCUUGACAACGGGUGUCUCUGCUGCACGCUGCGCGACGACCUCGCAGUCGCUAUUAGGGAGAUUAUUAACACCGUCGAGGACAGGAUCCUGGAAGGCGUGCCGAACGCGAUGCUCGAUGGAAUCUUGAUAGAGACCACCGGCAUGGCAGACCCGGGGCCCAUCUGCAAGACGUUCGGGUCCGACCCGGUGGUGCAGAGGCAUUGCAAGAUCGACGGAGUCCUCACAAUGGUCGACGCGAGGCACUUCCUGGAGCAGCUGGACAGGGAGCGCUCCCCAGGUGCGGUGAACGAGUCUGCGCAGCAGAUCGCGUUCGCCGACAAGAUUCUCCUCAACAAGGUGGACGCGGUGGACGACUCCCUCGUCGAGGAGACUGCCGCCGCCAUCCGCCGCAUCAACAACUUGGCGCCCAUCCGGAAGUGCAGCAUAGCCAAGAGGCCGGACGAGGUCCCCAUCGAAGAGCUGCUUGCCAUCGAUGCCUUCGACGCUACCAAGCUGCUCGAAGACGGCAGGGAUUUCGACGAGGUCCUCAGACCAGUGGUCGCUGACAGGGCGGACUGUGCAGAUCCGUAUUCUGUCGGGUGCCCCGACGAGAAUUUGCCUGGAUGGAUUCGGAAUGCGGGCUUUUCUACGCCAGCCACAGCAUCCCGCCACGACACAGAUAUCGGCACGAUGGUGCUCGAGAUGGCUGGGUCAGCGCUGUGUGUGAACAAAUUCAACGCCUUUGUGAACAAGCUCUUGGACGAGCAGUCCGUGGAUCUGUACCGGUACAAGGGUGUGCUGGCGGUGGAGCAGGAAGGGCACACAGUGCGCUACGUGAUCCAGGGUGUCCACGACAUGAUGGAGGUGUCAUUUUCAGGCGCUUGGCCUCGAGAUAGGCCAGUGAGUACACAGGUGGUCCUAAUCGGUCGGAAGCUCGACAGGGAGAAGCUCAACGAGAGGUUCUUGAAGUGCGCUGUCAGCUCUGUCUGAAGCGCCCAGUCCCUGACAUGUUUUUCGGGCUUGACGGGGAGUAACUAGCAACAUUGGAGAACGGCGCAGACCAGAUGUUUAUAAGCACCUUCCAAGGCAUGUCAACUAUCCACCGUUUCAAUCGUCCAGAUAUUUGUCAAUAUCCUUGCAUGCUGUAGACCACUAUGCAGCAGGCCAUCAUAUCGGACUGCACAGUGCAGAUUGGAGAUUGGGAGCUGCGCGCGCAGUUCAUGGCAGGAUCUGACACAGUAAUUGUUGGCACGCAUGCGUGCAUGCCGAGCUUGUGCUGGAAGCGCUGGUCGCUACAGCUUGUGUUGUGGGUUCUCUGUGGGCACUGCGACAGCAGAGCUGCGAGGGGGCCGUGAGGAAGACGUCGCAAACGGUCCCGCCC